GGAAAGAGUGACGUAUUAGUUGACAUAAACAAGCAUCGUUCUUAUAUCGUUCUACGACUUGCACGCAAUUCUUGCACGGCUUUCGGUAGUUUGCUAUUACUGUUUUUUAUUUAACAAAAAUUAAUGGAUUCUUCUUCUGAAGAAGCCGAUUAUGAUAUUGUCGUCAAUAACAAUGAGGUACAACCUUACAUGUUUGAGCCUUUGGCCAACGCGCAAGGUGGUCAUAGUAAUGAAUACAAUUCAAUACAAUUCUUCGUCAUCGGAAAGCGAAGAUAAAUACAUUCACAGAAUUGGAAAUGUUGAAUGGUGCGAGUGUGGCUUUUGUGUGGUCAUGAGUACAGGACGGGAAAGUAUAUGUUGCCAAGAGGUAAACAACACUGAUCCUCUGAUACAUGGCGAUCAUAUUUGCAUCACACAAGAGGAAGAGUUUGCCACAGUAUUUACAAACGAAGCUGUCUUAAAAACAGCUAUGGUCGUGUACACACAUGACAUUGGACCUAUGCCUGAGAGUGAAGAAAACGAAGCAUUACGCUACACGGCGUACCGACAGUGGCACGGCUUGGGUGGACGGCUCGGUUGCAUUGUCAUUGUCGGAUUCUUCAUUUUCGCUUAACUCAUUUGAACAUUGAGAGUCUGAUCCAUUGUUGCUAUUGCUCAUCGUCGACGUGCUUUCUGUAUCAGACCAUACAGCGCUAUCCUCAAAAUGUUCAAUUUCACAUGACGUCGUCUGUGUGCUGUGAUUUUUUGUUGAAAUGAACUCAACCUCCGUACCUUAGCAUAAAAUUAUCGUAUUGCUGGAUUUUUCACAAAAAUCAAAAC